UUACUCGGGUCUGUUUUACCCACGUGACAUUAUUUUCCUCCCUCACUUCCGCAUAGAUCCGGAACAGAGGGGUAUGGCGGCCGCGGCGGAGCAGCCCGCUGACAACCACCCGUCCGGCGUUAACGACACCAGACCAGGACCCAACUAACCGAACUCACCCGCAGACUCACAGCCAGUGCAUCAUGGUGGAUGUAACCAAAUGGCCCCUCUUCAGCCUGAUGGGGCCUCAGGAGCUCUCCACCAUCCUGAAGGCGUGCGUGUUUGGGACGUCUGCUAACGAGGCUAUCUACAUCACCAGUGAUGACGAGGUGUUUGUAUUCGGGUUGAACUGCAGUAACUGCCUGGGCACAGGGGACAGCCAGAGCACCGUUGUCCCCAAGAAGCUGGACUUCCUGAGUGGGAGGAAGGUGGUCAGUCUGAGCUACGGCAGCGGACCUCACGUCCUGCUGGCCACAGAGGACGGAGAGCUGUUUGCCUGGGGACAUAAUGGCUACAGCCAACUGGGAAAUGGGACAACCAACCAGGGAGUCUCUCCAGUGCUCGUGUCUGCCAACCUGCUCAAUAAGAAGGUCACAGAAGUGGCCUGUGGCUCUCACCACUCAAUGGCUCUGACUGACUCAGGAGAAGUGUAUGCGUGGGGCUACAACAACUGUGGUCAGGUGGGCUCAGGCUCCACAGCCAACCAGCCCACCCCCCGCAGGGUGUCCAGCUGCCUGCAGAACAAGGUGGCUGUCGGUAUCGUCUGUGGUCAGACCUCGUCUCUGGCCGUGGUGGACAACGGAGAGGUGUACGGUUGGGGCUAUAAUGGGAACGGUCAGCUGGGACUGGGAAACAACGGGAACCAGCUCACUCCCUGUCGACUGGUGGCUUUGCAGGGUUUAUGUGUGCAACAGGACCUGGAGGAGUUCUGCUUCAAGUUCUGCGUGAAUCACCUGACCGAGGUCACCCAGACUGCUGCUUUCUGGCAGAUCGACGGCAACUUGCUCAAGGAUUUCAUUUGUCGAGCCAGCCGCUGCGGAGCCUUCAAAAACUGACCUCAGCCCGAGGUAACGAUGGCAACAGACGGAGAGGGGGCUGUGGCAUUCUGGGAGAAAAUUCUCAAAGGAUGUCAUCCCUUCUGUAACUCUGGCUCCAGAGUGGAGAUCUUUAGAUAAUCACCAUUGCUGUCAAAUCUGUCGCUCCUCUCAUUCCAGACUAGAACCACUUUGUCCAUUAUAUGAGCUGACUCACUGAGCUGAGCACAGAGCUGACAGGGCAGCAUGACUGCAGAGUCCAGAGCCACAGUGCCUGACUGCCUACACACUUACACAUGUUGUGUAAAGGAAAACACACUUAUCGCUUGAUCAAGUUGUUUCUUUUUAACUUGAGAUUUUUCUGCCAGUUUGCUACUUUACUUUUUUCAUUUUUCUGUUGAACUGACCAAGACUCUCCUGUAGCGUUUGCACUCGUGUU